AUGACCGCACUGCAAGUUCAAAGUCCCGUGUCGGCGCCAUGGAACGGAUCCCUCGAUUCCUUUAUUGCAUGGGAACGUCCGAUAUCUCUCGAGAAUAUCCUGUGCAAUAUCGGUCCGGAAUGCGUUGAUGAUGAGUCUGUUGGUGCGGGUAUUGUUCUUGCAUCUCCGAGCAAGGUAGAUCCGGACUACUACUACACAUGGACGCGAGACUCGGCUCUCGUAUUCAAAGGUCUAGUGGAGAUCUUCACCAGGAAUACAACCACGGACUUGCAAACUGAGAUUCAUAACUAUAUCCUCGCCCAAGCCUCCCUCCAGAAGGUCGAGAACCCGUCGGGCAGUCUUAGAGAUGGGUCUGGGCUUGCAGAGCCGAAGUUCCAUGUUGACCUGACGGCCUUUACCGAGAACUGGGGUCGUCCGCAGCGUGAUGGUCCCGCACUGAGGGCUAUUGCGGCGAUUACUUAUGCAAACUGGCUCUUGGAAGAUGGAUAUGCCUCUCUCGCUCUGGACAAGGUCUGGCCUGUCAUCCAAAACGAUCUGAGCUAUGUUGUCCAGUAUUGGAAUAACACGGGCUUUGACCUUUGGGAAGAGGUCGAGGGGAGCUCAUUCUUCACCACAGCAAGCCAGUACCGGGUCAAUUCUCGCGACGGUCGCUCCAGCAAAGACGUCAACGCUAUCCUAGCGUCCAUCCAUUCCUUCGAUCCCUCCGCCGGAUGCGAUGACAGAACAUUUCAACCAUGUAGUAGCAAGGCCCUCGCCACGCACAAGAUUCUCGUGGACUCGUUUAGGACCGAAUACUCAGUCAACAAGGGAAUAGAACUGGGAAAAGCCGUCUCCAUCGGGAGAUAUCCCGAAGACGUCUAUUACGGAGGGAACCCUUGGUAUCUCGCCACACUCGCCGCUGCCGAACAGCUGUAUGAUGCUCUCUACGUGUGGGAACGAGACGGGCAUAUCGACAUCACAGAUGUUGACUUGGCCUUCUUUCGGGAUUUCACCCCAGGCCUUAGUCCGGGAAAAUAUCUAAACGAUUCCACAGAAUUUGGCGAUCUUGCGCAUUCCAUUGCAACCUACGCGGACGGAUUCAUUGAGAUCGUGGCGCGAUAUAUUCACCACAAUGGUUCCAUCGCCGAACAGUUCGGCCGUGACGACGGAACGCCUGUUUCUGCUAGGGAUCUUACAUGGUCUUACGGAGCAUUCCUAUCAGCGGUUGCGCGUAGAGAUGGGCAGAUUCCUCAGGCCUGGCUUAAUCCCUCUGCCGUCUCGGUCCCAGAUCGGUGUGUACCGACGUCUAUCGUCGGAUAUUAUGAGGCUGCGACUCCUUCGCUGUUCCCCCUCCCAGAUGGCGAUGCCGACGCAACGGCACCGACGGCAUUGCAGUCCCCUAGCGAGAGUGGGAGUUCCUGUCCAGGGACGAGGUAUGUCGUAGUUAAAUUCGAAGUCCGUGUCACCACAUCGUGGGGUCAAACUAUCAGAAUAGUCGGCAAUAAUGAUAUCCUCGGCGGCUGGGAUCCAACCCUCGGGGUUGAUUUGGACGCGACGGGGUAUACUGAGGAAGACCCGGUCUGGAGUGUUUCGAUCGUCCUCUUAGCUGGGCAGAGUAUCCAGUACAAGUUCGUCCGGGUCGGCGAGGAUGGGAGGCAAGUCGAGUGGGAGAGCAGUCCUGAUCGGACAUAUUCUGCGCCGGCGGAGUGCGAGACUGCCGCAACAGUGCCAGCAGCCUGGAAUUUGAACGUUCCAGGGGAGUAA